GUCGCAACUGUCAUUGUCAAAAGGUCAGUGAAGCCGAAGCGACUCCAGCAGACGAAAGCAGAACGCGUUGUUGGUUUCCGCCUUAUAGUUUUGUUGUUAUAUAUUGCUUUGUUUAACUUUAUUAUUACAAAAUGUUUGAGGCACGCCUGCUUCGGUCCUCCAUCCUCAAGAAGGUGCUGGAAGCCAUCAAGGACUUGCUCACACAAGCUACAUUUGACUGUGAUGACAAUGGCAUCCAGCUACAGGCUAUGGACAAUUCCCACGUGUCCCUGGUGUCCCUCACACUGAGAGCAGACGGCUUUGACAAGUACAGAUGUGACCGCAACAUUUCCAUGGGCAUGAAUCUGGGAAGUAUGUCAAAAAUCCUGAAAUGUGCCGGCGACAAGGACACAGUUACUAUGAAGGCGCAAGACAAUGCGGACACCGUCACGUUCGUGUUCGAGAGCCCCAACCAGGAGAAGGUGUCCGAUUAUGAGAUGAAGCUAAUGAACUUGGACCUCGAACAUUUGGGUAUUCCUGAAACUGAGUACAGUUGCACCAUUCGUCUCCCAAGUGCAGAGUUCGCAAGAAUCUGCAGAGAUCUGUCACAGUUUGGAGAGUCCAUGGUUAUAUCUUGCACUAAAGAGGGGGUGAAGUUCUCCGCGACGGGCGACAUCGGGUCGGCCAACAUCAAGCUGGCGCAGACGGCGGCCGUGGACAAGGAGGAGGAGGCCGUCGUCAUCGAGAUGGACGAGCCCGUCACGCUCACCUUCGCGUGCCAGUACCUCAACUACUUCACCAAGGCCACCUCGCUCAGCCCACAGGUUCAGCUUUCCAUGUCUGCAGAUGUGCCUCUGGUGGUAGAAUACCGCAUCCAGGACAUCGGUCACAUUCGUUACUACUUAGCGCCAAAAAUUGAGGAGGACGACAGUUAAACUAAAAUAUUCCGUUACAUUAAACAUUAAGUUUUUGUACGCCUUUGAUAAAGAAUUUUGGUUUUGUAUUACACCGGCUAUAGCAGGGCCAGGAGGGUGAAACAAUGUUAAGUUUUCUAAUUGGUGUCAAAAUUAAGAGAUAAGUUUUUGUUACAAAUUCGUCGAAGUGUCACGCAUUGAAUCAUGUUCCGAAUCGUAAAAUACACUGUGUGUAUCUUAGAUGUGAUAAUUAACGCGUAACCAGUAAAUAAACUAUGUAUUUUUUAUUAA